AUGCGUUGUCUGGCCCGCCAUGGACGACCCAUAGCGAGGUCCCUUUCCUCACUCACGCCCGCCUCACCCACGGCCUUCGGCUUCAUCCGACACAGCUUCUCCACCGAAGCAGCCUCUCACCCCUCCAACAAAACCCAAGUCUACAUCUCCAAGUCCCGCGACCCGCUCCUCAACCUCUCCGUCGAGCACCACCUGCUGCAGAUCACGCCCGCCGAGUCCACCGUCCUCAUCCUCUACGUCAACUCUCCCAGCGUCAUCUUUGGACGGAACCAGAACCCCUGGCUCGAGGCCAACCUCCCGCGUCUAGCCCAGAUCGCGACUGAACCUGGGGCACUGGGCUGGACCGAUGGUCCGGUUCAGCUGGUUCGCAGGCGCUCUGGCGGAGGCACCGUGUUCCACGAUGCCGGCAAUGUGAACUUCAGUGUCAUAUGUCCGCCCGCCGCGUUUGACCGCGACAAGCACGCCAAGAUGGUCGUCCGGGCACUCAAGUCUUUGGGUCGGCCCAUGACGCGCGUGAAUCAGCGUCACGACAUUGUCAUGGACGUCGGCGGGUCACGGUCUCGGACAACCGCUACCACCGCCUCAAGUACCUUCAAGGUAUCCGGCUCAGCAUACAAGCUCACACGUCUGCGGUCGCUGCACCACGGGACGUGCCUCCUGCGCAGUCCAAACCUUUCCGGCAUCUCGGGCAUGCUGCGCUCCCCGGCGGAGCCCUUCAUCAAGGCGCGCGGGGUCGACAGCGUGCGCAGCCCUGUACGCAAUCUGGACCUCGACAACGCAGAUUUCGAGGACGCUGUAGUGGAGCAGUUCCGUCAGAUGUACGGCGACUUUGACGUCCGGGCAGAGUUUGGCAGCGAUGCGUUGGCCGUAGACAAGAUCAAAGCGGGAUACGAGGAGCUGGGUUCACGAAGCUGGACGUAUGGGCAGACGCCGCGGUUCACGUUCUGCACUCAUCCGUUCGAGGACGAUCCCAGGGCGAGGCCAGACUUGCCCUUUGACGUGAGCAUUAACCCCAAGCGUGUGCACUCUACUGUCAAUGCUGACUCGCAGCAGCUCAAGAUUCACUUCGAGGCCAGACACGGCUUGAUCGAGCAGUUCAGCAUCGAGGGUGACGAGGGUGCAGACACGGAAUCGCUGAUAAAGUCAUCACUGCACGACGUCGGUGACUGGACUGAAAGACUAACGCAGGUUGGCCUGAGCCGGUGGGACGCCGCAGACGUUGGAUCUUGGUUGAACGGCGUUCUGGGGACGUCAUUCACGAAGCUGUAG